UGAUUGCGGCAGCUGCAAGAUAAAUUUUGGGAAGAAAUUAGAGCAUUAUUUGAUGUGUAUAAAAGGGCUAGAUGUUGAUUCUGUUAUAUCUGGGUAUAUAUAUUAUGAAGGUUAUUGGGAGAGAGAUAUGUUACAAUUGAUGCUAAAAAUACUACAAGCUUAUCCUAAUGCUACAUUGCUGGAUGUUGGAUCAAAUAUUGGUAUGUUCAGCGUCACUGCUGCUGCUGCAAACUACAGUGUCGUGGCAGUGGAUCCGUUCAAAACUAAUCUAGCAUACAUCAGACUAAGCACUGUACUGCACGGAAGCCAAGAUAAUGUACGGUACAUACCUCAUACAAUCAGAGUGAUCCAUAUCAUAUUGGAAUAUCUUCAAGGUGCAACACCCUUUGUCACUGCAGACGUUGCUAGAACCAAACCGAGUGAAGAGAUAGGAGAAGGGGUAGAGUCAAUAACAUUUAACGAACUUCUUGAUGUUGUGCAUACUGAUACAGUUAUAGUUAAAAUGGACAUCCAGGGAGCAGAAUGUAAGGCCCUGAUACCUUUCCUGCAGAAAAAGAUAAAGACAAAAUACAUUCCAUAUAUAAUAAUGGAAUGGCAAUGGAUUACAUACAAUAUGAUGGGACUGUGCCCAGACAUUCAACCUCUUAUAAAGGCAUUUCUGGACAAUGGUUACUUUCCUGCCAAUGUUACUACAAGACAUGAACUAGAUAUUGAAACUCAGAAGACCUGGUAUGAUGUACUUUGGGUUCAUCAGGAUGCCAUACAUUAGAAAAAGUUCUACAUAAAUGGACUGAUUACUCCUCUUUGCUUUUGAAUGAUAAAAAGGAUAUAUUGCUCCUAAAUGAUAAAAAAUAAGAUAUAUUGCGCUUCUGAAUGAUUGAAAAAAAAACAGUUUUUAAGAAAGCUGUUAGCUUUUUUACACUAAGAUUUGAGAACACCUUGAUAUUUUAGGAUGGACAAAAUCAAAAUAAACUAUUUUAUAUUUUAACUUUUUUAAGAUUUAUAACAGUUUGAUAGAUAGCCAGAUAAUUACUCCAAUAUCUCAAUUACAUUGCUUCAUAGCUUUUUAAAAAUCUCCCCCAGGGAUUGUCAACCCUAUUGAAAAUGUACAUAAUAACCCAAUUUCCAUAACUUGCUCAAACAAAGAAUUCUUUCAGUCAUAUACAGUUAAACUACUUCUGCAUCCAUUGCUUAAUUCCAAACUCUAAAUAAUUAUUUUACUUACAAUUUAAAGAAAAAAACUUUUAAAUCUUAAGCAAAGUUCUUUAAGCCCGUUUCACACCAAGAUAAAAAUGAAGGAGGGGGGCUACCAAGAAAUACGGGCAGCUUACACAAAAUAUUUCGGGCACCAAUAAUGGAUUUCUUAAAAGAAAAAUUAUUUUAUUUUAUAUCAUUUUAAAGUUAAGUAUUUGCUAGAAAAUUGUUUCUGUUUAAAAUAUUAGUCUUACCAUCACAAAAGAGUUAAAAACUGUGGAUUAAAAAGAAUCGCAUACUGAGAAAUUAUUAUUUAUUAUUUACAUGGUUUUUUGUUUAGCUU